AUGUGUCUACCGCUGCGUCGGAGUGGGCUACGGCUCCUCUCGCUAUGGGCGCUGAGUCUGGGGGCAAUGGCGCAGUCUUCGACGUUGAAUUUCACCAACGCUACCGCUUUAGACUAUGAUCCGGUGGGCUUGAUGUGCGCGCGUUGGGAACAUCAAACCGUUUUAAAGGGAGAUAUGAUAUACAUCGAUGGUGGCCUAGAGACCAUCUAUGAUGGCGAUGAGAGGUGGACGGAUGAAUUCUACCUCGGACUGAAUUACUAUCUACUUGGGAUCAACACCUCUGAAAGCUGGAACUGGGAAACAAAUCUCUCCAUCUCUACCUGGAACAAAUCCGCCUCCACACCCAGACCUCCGACAUCUCUCCGCGGACACCUUUUUCAAGGCCUUCCAUCCGACCCAAAAAUCUACCUUUACGGAGGUGCCGACUUCACCAGCAACUCAUCGCAGCACAACUACAGCAGCUCAAAUGCCGGUUUGCUGUGGGCCUACGAUACCGUCGAACGCGGUGACUGGGAGUCCAUUAACAUCAGCGAGGCCAGCCUCUGGCAGCCGACCCGCGGUGCCCACGCCGAGGCGCCUGAUCUGGGGCUGGCUUUCUACCUCAACGGCGAGGCGGGAACCGUCGAAUCAAUUGAAGUUUGGGGGAACUUAUCGACGCAAACAGCCCACCUCGAGGGCAUGAUCAUCUUAGAUACGGCCAAUGCAACGGGCCGAACCGCGUGGAAUGUGUCAACCGAAGCGAUGACGGGCGGCACGCCUAGAUCUGGGGCGGGCAUGGUGUACGUGUCCGAGAUGGGGGAAAGCGGGGCGUUAGUAGUUGUGGGGGGUAUCGCAAGGGAGCCGCUUAUCAAUGACGACCCUGCUUCAGGAGAGCUGAUCAACCUCAACGAAAUCCAAAUCUGGGACGUCGACUCCUGGCUCUCGUCCCCCUCUACCGACAAUAACAACGGCACCUGGUACACCCAAACCGCCACGGGCACCGUCCCUGCCCUCCGCGCCGACUUCUGCCUCACCGCCGCCACGGCCGCCGACGGCUCCUCGCACAACAUCUACCUCUACGGCGGGCGCAACCCCAAAUCCGGCACCCUGUACGACGACGUCUACGCGCUGUCGCUGCCGUCCUUCACGUGGACCAAGCUGUUCGAGGGCCAGUCGCCGCGCUGGGGCCACACGUGCCACCUCGUGCCCAACAGCACGCAGCUGCUCACGCUCGGCGGCGCCCUCGACCUCAACCACGCCACGUGCGACUGGGAGUGGCACGGCGUCGCCGUGCUCGACGUCUGGAGCGUCACGUGGAACAACUACUUCGACGCCGCCGCUCGCCCGUACAAGGUCUCGCAGGGCGUCGCCGAGGUCGUGGGCGGUGGGGAUGAGGGCGGCGCGACGCUGACGGCGCCGGCGGGUGGGUGGGAGACGGCGGCGUUGGCGGGGCUGUUCAAGCAGAGCGCUGCUUCCAGUAGUACUACUACCAGCACCGCUGCGGCGAGUGGGGCGAAGAGAAGUAAGACUGGUGCUAUCGUCGGCGGCGUGGUUGGCGGCGUUUGCGGCGUAGCGCUCGUCGCACUUCAUGCUUUCUUUCUCCUACGACGGCGGCGGCGACGAAUGGCUGCGAACCGCAACGCCGCGGAGCUGGAUCACGCCGGAACGCAGCGCCACGAGGCGGUGGGCUCGCAGCCGCCGGACAAGCCGCAGCACGAUUUCGGGGCUAACGCGGAGUUGCCGGGAGACGUCGGCGCGCAGGAAUUGGACGGCGAGGACCAGUUCGAGCGGAUCGUCGAGUUGGACGCGGGGGCGGACGCGCCGCGGUUCGAGAUGGCGGGGAGUGGGAUGAGUCCGAAGGAGGGGGAGGCGAGGGGAGAGGAGGACACUUUAAAAAGGCUGAGGGGGGAGAGUUGA